AUGCCACGCCGAAAACCCAUCACGAAGCUGGGCGUGUUCGGGAGGUACGACUUGAACCCGGAACAGGCGGUGGAAAAUUACUUUGAAUCAAAGUUAAACAACAAAUUCUUCAUCCACGUGCCCGGUUGGGAUGUCGCCCGGAACGGGUUCGAGCUCACGGGCAUUCACAAUGACCGGGAGUAUAUGGAAAUUACAAAGGAGCAGCGUCGGAUGCGACAGCAAGCACAACAGCAAGCCAUAGUGAACCAAAAACGUUUGAAUCAAACGACCGACCUGCUGCAGCGGAUGCGGGAAGAGUUCGUGGAGCUGAACGAUUUCCUUAAGGAUUGCGAGAUGAAGGAAAACAAUGCAUUGGACACGGUCAAACGAGAGAAAGAAAAGCACGAACGGUACGGGAAACAGAUAGCGCAGCUUGAGGACGACCUUUUGAAAUUGGACGAAUUUGUCGUGAAGUAUGAGGAAACCAUCAACCGAUUCGAACCGUUCGAGAAAGUAAUGGAACAAACCAUCACAGAAUCUAAAACGUACGAAACCAUGCAGGAUCUGAUUCAACGGUGUGACUCACUGCUACUGGCACAGGUGGAAAUUUCGGCUGUAGAGCAACAAAAAAUACAGGAAAUUGAAGAAAUCCGUCAAAACCUGUUCAAAGCAACAAAGACGGCCCUCCACAUCAUCACGGGGUUGAACAACGAUCUGUCCGAGCUGCUGACACAGUACGUGGCCGCAAAGGAGGACGGGCUGCGUUGGGAAAAGGCCGUCACCAUGGUCAAAAGCUACAUGGUGGAGAACGAAUCGAGCAUCAACUGCCUGUUGGACGCGAUCAAUCACGUUUACAUUCUGUUGCGCAAGCGUCGAGGAGCCCCGGCCAAGGCAGUCCGAGGGGACGUUGAGACGCAGCUAGACUACGUCAAGGAGGAGAUCGAGAUCCUGCACGAGGUACGCAAGCUGGCUUCGGCCAAAAUGCGCAAUGACGGGCACAGCCUGGGCGGAGAGAAAGGCACGAUGCGCCGUAAGAGUGCUCUGUAG